AUGCUACCUCCUUCAAAGGGGUCUUCCUUAGAAAUUGUGAAAAGCACCUACAAGCAGGUAACGCUCCUUUCACUUCCCAAAAAUCUAUAUCUCAUGCCUUCUCAGAUAGCACUUCGCACACACCCUGACAAGAAUCCAGACCCUGGCGCCACUGCAGAGUUUCAAAGAGUCAGCGAAGCUUAUAGGGUCCUUAUAAAGCACUUGGACAAGUCAUCUCCUCCUCCUUCAAGGACAUCUCGUCGCGGUGCAUUUGGGGGCUUUGGCUUUGGAGGCAGAGAUGACUCGUCGGACUAUGAUGAUGAUGAAUACGACGACUACGAUGAUUACUACGACGACGACGACUUUGAGGAAGAAGCAAACCUCGCUUUCUACAUGUCAGAUGGUUUUUUCUACUGUAACAAUUAUCGUCUUAUAGAGGGUGGUUCUCGGUAUAACUCGUACUUUCGUCGACCACAGGCAAAGAGCGAGUCACCCGAGGAAUAUAAGGAACGAAUCCGCCGAUCUCGCGAAGAGCAGGUAGCUGCACAGGAACGUCGCAAAAAAGAGGCUAUAGCUCGUAAGGAGAGAGCAGAACGAGAACGAGAACAGGAGCGUCUGGCAGCUGAGCAGCGCCAAAAGAACAAGGUGGAAGAAAAGAAAGCACGCGCGGAUGCUGAACGUAAGAAAUCCGAACAAGCAGCGCGUACAAGGAUGCAAAAUUCGCAAACUACUCGAUCAGCCGUGUUUGCAGCUGCGCGAGCUGGACACAUUGAAAAAGUGAAGAAAGGGAUUUGGGAAGAUUCCGUUGACGCAGCAGGUGGCGAAGUGAGGGAUGGGUGUCAAGAAUUUGUAAAAUCACCUCCAAAAGACCCCAAGGAAGCUCUUUUGCACAUCGUUGCAAAGACUGAAGAUUUGAAUCUUGUUAAAUGGCUUGACUCUCACAAUGCUGACGCAGAAGAGAAGAACUCACAAGGGUUGACGGCCUUCCACAUCGCCCUGAAGCAGGGCCACAUACCCAUCGUCAAUUAUUUCCUGGAGGCAUACCCCCCGAAAGAUUCGGAUUCUAAGCUUGUCUAUGAACUUCCGGAUUCAAUCAGCUUACUGUCACUGGCUUUGGAAUCUUUUGAACCAGAGCUUGUUUGGAUGAUCCUCAAUAAGGGAUUGGCAAGCUCUCAAGAUAUCAACAAAGCUUGGGCGUGGGCAACGUCAGACAAGGGCCUUCAUGCAAGGAAGAAAUCGGACAAGGAUUCCGAAAAGUGCGAGGACAUUCUCAAACUUUUAAAGCGAUUUGGUCCACCUGGCUUCACGCCCCCUUCAACACCGAUGGUCAAGCACAACUCUCCGGACAACUUGGCAUCAAAUGCGGCGUCGAGAAGUACGACCAAAUCGACUUCAGUAGAGCCUCCCCCAACGCAAGAUAAUUCGACUGCCCAAAGCCAAAAGCAACAACAGCACCGUGGUCGGGGGCGCGGCCGGGGAAGAGGCAGGGGUCGAGGCAGAGGGACGUUCCCCGUACCCCCGCAAUGAUUUCCAUCUUUCAUCCCUGGCAUUCCACGUUAUUGCGCAAUCUUUUACUUGCUCUUUCACAUUCUAUAGAUUUCAAAAACCAUUCACCCAACACCACCAUUCGCUCUGCACAUAUGGCAUAUCAUUCUUCAAAAAUGCACCUAAUCAGUAAAUAAUUGUGCUUUCUAUUGUAACAUACUGCCCUUACAUACGAGUUUAUCACUCC